AUGCUAGACAGGGAGCUGAGUCUAGGCAAUAUUAGCGGCGCCAAAGCAAGUGUUAGAGGGUCUAACACAUGUCAUGUAUGCCGACGAUAUCGUUUUGUUCUCCAAGGCAACAAGAAAAGAUACAAAAGAUCUAUAAAGCAUCUUCUCCUAAUGAAAUCCCUCAAAAAGGAUGUAGUGUACCUUGGUACACCCUUGUUCAUGUCCAAAUCUCCAUCCAAAGACUUCAAAUUUCUGCAGGAAAAGUUGGAAUCGAAACUUGCAGGUUGGAGGUGCACUCUCAUUACAUUAGUGGCACAAGCUAUCCCCAGCUAUACUUUAUCUGCUUUUCAUGUCCCUACCAAAAACUGUGAUAAGCUGGAUUCGAUGACCAGAAGGUUUUGGUGGAAGCCUAAGGAGAAGGAGGGUAAAUUCAUAGCUUGGAAACAAUGGGACAAGCUAUUUCGACCCAAAGUCGUAGGUGGUUUGGGUUUCAAAAAAACCAAAGAAGUUAAUGCUGGCCUCCUUGCAAAGCUGGCAUGGAUGGUGGCCUCAGGAAAGCAUAGCAUUUGUAUGGAGGUUCUUCGCACUAAGUACAAAGUUAAAGAAGAUUGGCUUAGAGCGGAACCAAAGAAAAUAGCUUCCCCAACAUGGAGAGCAAUUGAGGAUGCAAAAAAUCUGGUUGUGAAAGGAGCAUGUUACCUACUAGGCGAUGGCAAAUCGAUCAGUGUUUAG